CAGACCUAUAUAGCUGUGAAGAACCACCGUAGGUUCACAUCGGGGAACGGAGCAUCAUGGCCAGGCUAGCAUUGUUCAGCGUCCUCGCCGUCACAUUACUGUGUGGUGUUAUUGCGGAUUCUUCCGACGCUGACGAAGACCGCUACGCCUCCGAAGAUGACCUUGCUGAGCGUGCCGCCUCCGCCUCUGCCCACGCUUCGGCCCAAGCCCAAGGGAACAUGUACCCGCGCUACCCCCCAAGGCCCGUAGUCAACCCGCUUCCUCAGAAGUCAGUCCGGUGCGUCACGUGCUCAGGCUGCCCGUCUGGGAAGAAUGUGACCGUUUCGAAGCUGUGCCCAUAUUCGCAGGACCCCUUGAAGAAUGGGAAAUGCGUUGUGUUUUCUGAGAAGUACUAUCAUAUGAAAGACCCAUUCGUCGUGCGCGGCUGCAUGGCCGAGCGGGGUUCCUGCGCCGAAAUAAAGGCCGCAAUAGAUCCUCAGAAGGAUCUGGUGACCCUCCUGAGUUGUCGCGAGUGUGAAGGCGACCUAUGCAACGGGGCAGGACAAUUUACUCCGAACCUGGUGACGGCGCUCAUGGCUAUGUUUGUGACACCUUUGCUCAUGAAAUAUACAAUGUCUUAGGGAUUGAAAUUGAAAAUCAUCAAAACAUACUGACUUUAGUUUGGUUUUAAGCCUGACUUACUAAAAUUUAGGGACGUCAUAUGAAAAGCAUCUGCUGCUCACAUAACGAAUUUUCUUCGUAGGAAGUUUGUACGCGUUUAAGCCAGUUUUAUAUAAAAAUAUUAUUGGAAUUCAUACAUUAAAGGAAAAAAAAUACGCUUACCCGCAUCUUCUGCAAUACACGCGUGCAAUUUUUUUUAAUUUUUUUCCUUUAAUUUAAAAAAGUGGAGAUUCGUUAGCAGACGUUACUGCACUUUGAAAAUUAAUUUAUUAUUGAAAUAUUGUAAAAAAUUAGAAACCUUUUUAAUUUGAAUUUGUUGAUAUCAAAAAUAAUGUGAGUUUUAGUUUUAGUACGAUUUGAGUUGUUGUGAUAAAAAAUACUCAAAUUUUAUGAAUGUCCAGCCGAAUAUUCGGUAUUUGGGCAAAACCACUAUUCUGAGCAUCUCUUGUAUGUACCUCGGCAUGAAAUUUAUAUAAGCUUUCGAAGAACAAGAACCAAAAAUCUAAGUGAUAUUUUUAUUCGAUCAAAAGGUACCUGAGUAGUCCUAGACUUUUUAAGAUUAUCAAAUUCUUAACCAUCCCAAAAAAAAAUGACGAAAAUCACAAAGAAACAAGGUUAAACAUUGUCAAAUUGUAUGAAAAGGAGUAACAAAAAAGCAAUAAAUGGCUUAUGUGACAAA